UCACGCUAAAUAGGAACGUGGGCUUUCGCUCUUUAAAGACUUGUGUAUCAUGGGCACAGUUAGCAGGCGAGGCUAAUCUUCAGUCUUUAAAUUCAUACAUUACAGGAAAUAACAGUUAAUCUAGUGAUAUUUUCACACCGUUGGUCAGCACAUCAACAAUGGUUGACGAUUUCGAGGGUCAGAAGGUCCGGUCCAGCGGGGAGCUGUGGUCCGAAAUCUGCUCCAGCCUGCCUGAAGUGCGAGCUGAAGCAUCUCCUGAGAACAACACGGAGUUCAACGACUCUUUCCAGCCAGCAGCGCAAGUCGGAGUGCAGGUCAUUGGACAGUCAAAUGGGACAAAUACCAGUUCUUCUAGCGCCAAAUGGGAACCCAUGGAGGAUUCUGAGAUCUACAUAGCCAGUUUAGAAAACCGCCUGAAGAAACUAAAGGGGCAGCCCAGUGACGUGACCUCCAGGGACAUGUUGCGCUCUUUGUCUCAAGCUAAAAAAGAAUGCUGGGACAGAUUUCUGCAUGACGCCCAGACCUCAGAGCUCUUCCAAGGUGGUGACAUGGAUGAGAGUGCUCUCGAACACUUCAAGAGGUGGCUGAUCCCUGAGAAGGUGGCCAUCAGUGCAGAAGAGCUGGAAUAUCUCCUGAGGCCGUCUCAUACUAAGGAACCCACUGAACUAAACCAAACACAGAACGAUGAAGACACGGAGGGAGGGACACACAACAGUGAGGAAGACGAUGCUCACAGCCCGGAGAAAUAAGUAUGCUUAAAAUAAUGAUGCUGAAAGAAGAACUAAUUUGGUUACCCUUCUACACUCUUUUUAAGCUGCUUUAUGUUCUGGCCAAAGCUUUUGUUAACAGUGGUCAUAGAGGCAAUUACAGCCUGUCAUCAUCCUCUGUAUCCCCAGCAACUGAGUGUUAAGUACUUAUUCAGUCAUGUGUACUUUGUCCUUGCUAUUCAUCCCUUCAACAAUCACACCAUGAAAAAGUAUAAUAAAGAGUCUGAAAUUAGACUUGUUUGUCCUGUUGCAGGGAAAUUUGCAUCUAAUCUUCAUGGUGACUCCCACUAUAUCACUUACAACAAUGGCUCUCUGCUCUCAAUAUAAGUGCAAAGGCUAAUGAAGGACCACAUGCAGUAUCAUGUUGUAAAUUAGAGUGAUUACGUAAGCAGUGUAUUAUAUUGCAGAGACAUUAGUUUUCUGAUUCUAAAAUUUGACAUUUCUAGAGUAGAAAUAUAUUCCUAAAAAUAUUGUAACAUAUUGUGUAACAUCUCUGUUUUUCCCAUGUUGCCUUUACAUCUGUAGUUUUACCCACAUUUCAAUAAAAAAAAGAGAAUGGA